ACAUAUCUACAAGACACACAGAGGCAAACAAUUAAAUUGAAAUAUAUAAUACAAAAGAGAUUAAAUAAAAACUAAAACAAUUGGGCAGUAGCAACAUUAUCCUCAAAAGCAUACAUAGUCCCAGCAGUUUAAGAAGCACUUUACUUUCAGCCACAUCGAAGGUUUCAUUUUUCCUUUUCAGAAUAUACGUUAUCUUCUCCAUAGAACAGCAAUUACUCAUUUCCCUCAGCCAUUGGCCAAUCUCUUUUUAGGGCAAUUUGAAGUAAAGGAUCUGAGUACUUAUUGUCUGUCUCUACAACAGGACAAGACGCUCUGAACGAAUACCUGAGGACGAAGGCAGUGACCAUCGAGUACUAAGAGGUGGAGGAAGCGGUGAAAAGUGGAGGAUGGAGUGAUUUGCUCUCACUAUAAUUGACUGCCUCUCGUUAGUGAAUACUAAUCCUGUGCCUUAACACGAUCAGUCAAAUGAAUGUUGAGUCCUGAUCCAUGCUGUAGUAAGUACUGUCAUAUAAAUACACCCAAGUGACCUCAGACUGUUUGUAAUCAAUGUGAUUUAGUAAGAAAGGGAUGAUGUGAAGCAAGGAGGUCGAAACAUCAGGAUCCUGAUCAACAUGUCAGGGUUUUUCUUCAUUAACGACCGCUUCGCUGCACAUUAUCCAGCUUAUUACACGGCGACGUACAAAAUAAACCAACGACUUGUUUCAGGAAUAUUGAUUAAAAAUAAUUUAAAAAUAAUUUAGUGUUUACUUCCUGUCUGUUCUUCUGCUGUUCGUGUUAGUGUUCACUUCCUGUAUGUCUUCUUCUGCUGUUCCCGUUAGUGUUUACUUCCUGUAUGUCUUCUUCUGCUGUUCCCUUUAGUGUUUACUUCCUGUCUGUCUUCUUCUGUUGUUCCCUUUAGUGUUUACUUCCUGUCUGUCUUCUUCUGUUGUUCCCUUUAGUGUUUACUUCCUGUCUGUCUUCUUCUGCUGUUCCCUUUAAUGUUUACUUCCUGUCUGUCUUCUUCUGCUUUUCAUGUUAGUAUUUACUUCCUGUCUGUCUUCUGCUGAUUUCUCUGACGUCCAGCACUUUGUUUUAACCUCUUUCCUUCUCUUGUUCACUUUUCUUUUCUGUGGACAGUUUAGCCGUCAUGAAUUCAAAGUUUCCGGCUCUCCACAAAUAUAAAAAUCUAUUUUCAAAAACUAUUCAUGGUGUUUUCUCAUGGAUAAACUAAAGCUUGUUGUCCACAGCUGACGUUCAAUUGACCGGACUUCUCUAUGGGAUUGAUAUCACUGCACAUAGUCACUUGAUUCCCCUUAGCAACGGUAUGUUCUCCUUAGCAACAGUCUCCUAGCAAAAAAUAACAGACUUCUGGAAUGUACAAAUCAACCAAUCAGAAUCGAGUAUUUGACUAAGCCUUGUAAGUAGUCUAACGGAUGAUUGUUUUGUCCUGAUCCAUGCUGUUGUGAUCUACACCCAAGUGACCUCAGACUGUUAUUAAUCCAUGUGAUUGAGUUACGAAAUGGAAAUAUUUGUAACAGACUGCCUGAGUUUCUGAUAUGGCUUACAUUAGGUCAGAGAAGUAUUAAGAAAUAUAACAUUUCUAACAACGGGUUCUGAAUAAAAACUGCUGUGAAUCUCACCACUGUGUCCAUUUGUAUUAUUAGUUCAUGUAUGAUGAAGUUUGACUUGAAAUCAUUUAAUGGAAAUUAUAUUUUCAAUUCACACAGAUUUUUACGUCGAUGUUAUAUCAGAAAAUAACUAAAUUACGACCCUUUAGAGUAUUGCACUUGGGUUUAAUCUGUUUUCUGCCAUUAUUCCUGUAUGAAGCUGCAGUGAUGUUGACAUGAAUCAGAUCAACAGCUGAUAUCCACAUUUUGACUGCACUCAUAUAUUUGUUAAGUAUAAAAACACAUAUUCUAUAUGAUAUAAUGCAGUACUUUACUACAUAUCAGUAUUUAAACGUGGCCCCAUAUUUACAAACUACAAUAUUAAAAUGCUCUUACAUGUAUUUUAAUUAUAAAUUCAGUUGACUGUGUAAUGCUACUUGAAUAACAUUUUGAAUUCAGGACUUUUACUUUGUAGGGGUACUUAAAGUAAUCUGAGUACUUUCUCAAUAUCUGAGUACUUAUUGUAAGGGGGCGUGUCAUCUCUGUGGUGAAAGUUAUUAAUGUUCAUAUGUUAACCCAUUAUCAAUAUAUAAUGACCAGAGUUUGACUCCAGUGCUGCCAACACCUACUACACAUCAUCUUCAUCCAAGAUAUUCUCAGGAGUUUUCAGAUGGAGCGUGCGAGGGCUUUUGUUUUGAAAUAACUUCCGGGUAUUCUGCCCCGCCCCCCAGCUCCAAUGUUCAUCAUUUGACCAUUUAGUAAGAUGAAAAGCACACGUAAAAAAGCAUUGCAGUCAAGUCACUGUUCUGUUAUCUGGUUCACGAAACAAAAGCAAUUGUUACUAAGGUGCACGGAAUAAAUGACCGGUUAUGUUCACCAGGAACCUACUUUUAUUUUGAAAUCUGUUUCUGCACGCUCCUGCCGUAAAUCAUAGUAGGCUAUACGAGCCUACGUUGGAUUACUGUAAACAACGAAGGGGCUGUUUGCCAAAUAGCAGGCUGGUUUUAUUGCAUUUGGAAGCAACAGUAAUAUGUUGUAGUAUAUUUUGGUGUUGAGUACGUUUAUUUAUUUUGAAUGACAUAAUUAUACGAACAUGUGCAGGGAGGAGGGUGCACUGCAUGCACACCGUUUUUAUUUUUUAUAUAAUUAGGCAUCUUUCUAUCUAAUAAAGGAUGUAAAAACAAAAAAUAAAAGUGGUGUUUUUAUUUGACAUUCUGGGGUUGUAGAAAAUACAUUUAAAUAAUUAUUACUACACAGAGAAGCGUCACGGUGCUCGCGCAUCUUACGCACGGACCCGCAGCUGAAUACAUCCUCAGGUCGACAUCUUUUAUACAAAAUAAGGGGGCUUGUUUUUUUUUUUAAAUAGCCCACUCAAUAUGAUCACACCACCGUGUUUCAGCCCACUGCCUCUUUUUAUUGGUGCCUUUUAAAAGCUGGGAUGGGCACCAUUCUGCAGGAGCGCGCGCCACAACAACACGCGGAGAGGGUUUCCAUCAUCAGGGACAGGAAGAACAACAACACGCCUAAUGUGGCCAGCAGCAGAAUGGGCAGACGGCAGGCACAAAGGAAGCCGGUGCAGCCGCAGUACAUGCUACCAAGUCAAGAAAAUAUGAAUGAGAAGAGGCUUCAGCCGAGAAGGAAGCAGAAGCCAAACCCCCCCUCCACCAAACGAGCUACCUCUCAUCACAGAACUCAGGGAUCCUCGGAGUCAAAGAGCAAUCCUCCGUCUCCUACAGAGGACAGAUCUUCUCAGCAUAAAGAACACAGCGGUGUAAGAACCAGCCGACACUCAGCAGCUUUUCCCUGCCACAAUCUGUCAGAAACCAGCCCUGAUCUCCUGGAAACACCUUCAGAGGUCGGAGUUCUGAGCGUCGAUGGUGACAACGACAGCGACCUGUCAGAAUCAGAGAGACUUCCUGUGGGCUCUUUUAGCCGUGUUCCCCCUGAACUCCAUCUGAGACCAGAAGUCAUCGAGGCUGAAGACCUUUCCUCUCGCUGCCAACGACCCAGAGGACACGGACUCGGUGCUUUUGACUUCCCGGACUUCCUGCCUCCACCUUUUAACUCGUGGAGUCUGAGUCAUCUGGCUGUUUUCUACAACACAGAGGGUCGGGGGGCUCCAAGACCCAGAGCUGUGGGCCCUUUGGAAAGAUACUUAGAGAGGCUUCUUCAACUGGAGUGGAGGCAAAUCCAGUCCGUGGAGGAGGACGGUGGGAAUUCGGGAGAUUUUUCCUCCAGCUGCCAUAAAUCUGCUGCGUCCUCCUCCUCUCGCCUCAGCUCUCCGAAGUGUAUCCUUCAGUGUCAGCGCUCCUUCCCUCUCACCUUCCUCUCCUCUUUGGCCAAUCACUCUGCACUACUUUCUGGAUGCGCUUGCACUAUCUGCCGGAUACGAUACUCCGCUUGUAGCACUUCCUGCUGUCGAUCAACGUCCAGGAUUCCCAGAAGGAGCUACAGCGAGAGUCGGAUCCUUUCCUCGGACAGGGUCUCCAGAAAUCAGAGGUUCAGCAGCCCUCUGAGGAACAGCCACAUGAAGAGGAUGCAAGCCUCAGGGAAUCUACGUAACCCGGUGCAAGGUGCUGAUGAGUGUCCGUCUACUUCUGAAGAAAACAGGGUUACAGAGGUGUUGGACUACAGGACUACAGGAGGAGGGCUUGGGAGGAGGAGGAGUGGUUCAGAACAAAGAAGAGGAGUAGGAGAAGAAAGACUAGAGAAAAGAGAAAGUGGAUCAGAGCAAAGACUAGGAGGAAAAGAAAGACUAGAAGAAAGACAAAGUGGUUCUGAGGUUAGACUAGGACCAGAAGAAAGACUAGAGAAAAGAGAAAGUGGUUCCGAGUUUAGAGGAGGAGAAGAACAACUAGAGAGUAAAAGGAGUGGUUCUGAGUGUAGACGAGGAGGAGAAAAAAGACUAGAGAAAAGUUGGAGUGGAUCAGAGCAAAGACGAGGAGGAGAAGAAAGACUAGAGAAAAGACGAAGUGGUUCUGAGGUUAGACGAGGAGGAGAAGAAAGACUAGAAGAAAGACUAGAGAAAAGACUAGAAGAAAGACUAGAGAAAAUACGAAGUGGUUCUGAGGUUAGACGAGGAGGAGAAGAAAGACUAGAGAAAAGACGAAGUGGUUCUGAGGUUAGACGAGGAGGAGAAGAAAGACUAGAAGAAAGACUAGAAGAAAGACUAGAGAAAAGUAGAAGUGGUUCUGAGGUUAGACGAGGAGGAGAAGAAAGACUAGAAGAAAGACUAGAGAAAAGACGAAGUGGUUCUGAGGUUAGACGAGGAGGAGAAGAAAGACUAGAGAAAAGACGAAGUGGUUCUGAGGUUAGACGAGGAGGAGAAGAAAGACUAGAGAAAAGACGAAGUGGUUCUGAGGUUAGACGAGGAGGAGAAGAAAGACUAGAGAAAAGAGAAAGUGGUUCUGAGGUUAGACGAGGAGGAGAAGAAAGACUAGAAGAAAGACAAAGUGGUUCUGAGGUUAGACGAGGAGGAGAAGAAAGACUAGAGAAAAGACGAAGUGGUUCUGAGGUUAGACGAGGAGGAGAAGAAAGACUAGAGAAAAGACGAAGUGGUUCUGAGGUUAGACGAGGAGGAGAAGAAAGACUAGAAGAAAGACUAGAGAAAAGACUAGAAGAAAGACUAGAGAAAAGACGAAGUGGUUCUGAGGUUAGACGAGGAGGAGCUGAGCUGAAGGAUCGGGAAAUAAAACCAGACGCUGUCGCUGCAAUAAUGGACAAUUUACCUGGUUUUAAAAAGUCUCCAGGAGGCAGACACAAGCAGGUGGACUUUGUUAUAUGACAGCAGGUUGUAAGUGUAAUCCGUAUGCAAUAUUUGGAAACUUCACGUCAAAUAUUUCAUUAAGAAUGUAUGUUUUCAACGACAGGAAGUGUAGCGAGAUUGUAGUGUUUCAUUACUGGAUGUCAUCCUCUGCCAGAUUAGUCUCUUAGAAUAUUAUGUUUAAUCCAAUGCUGUUAUUGCAGGUAUAUAAAGUCAUGCAACAGUUUACGUGUUUACAUGCUCUACAGAUCCAUUUACUUUUACAUUUGAAUCAAGCACAAUACACUAUAUAUUAAUCUGUGUUCAGGAAUUUUGAUUCUGUUUUGGUUUGUCAACAACCUGCUGAAAAAUAAAGCUUUACCAAACUAU